ACGCCCCCCCCCGCCAGCACCCUCAUGGUACGGCCCCUCUGGUCCCCCUGUCAGCAUCUGUACGGCCCCUCCGCCAGCACCCGCAUGGUACAGCCCUUCCGGUCCCCCUGUCAGCACCUGAAUGGUACGGCCCCCCUCGCCAGCACCCACAUGGUACGGCCCCUCCAGUCCCCCGUCAGCAUCUGUACGUCCCCCCUGCCAGCACCCGCAUGGUACGGCCCCUCUGGUCCCCCUGUCAGCAUCUGUACGGCCCCUCCGCCAGCACCCGCAUGGUACAGCCCUUCCGGUCCCCCUGUCAGCACCUGAAUGGUACGGCCCCCCUCGCCAGCACCCACAUGGUACGGCCCCUCCAGUCCCCCGUCAGCAUCUGUACGUCCCCCCUGCCAGCACCCGCAUGGUACAGCCCCACCGGUCUACCCUGCCAGCAUCUGCAUGGUACAGCCUCCCCAUCCACCCUGCCAGCACCCACAUGGUACGGCCCCUCCCGUCCCCCUGACAGCACCUGUACGGUACACCCCCCCGGUCCCCGCCGCCAGCACCCACAUGGUACAGCCCCUCCGGUCCCCCUGCCAGCCUCCGUACAAGCCCUCCUGGUCCUCCCUGCCAGCACCCGCAUGGUAUGGCCCCUCCGAUCCCCCUGCCAGCAUCUGUACGGCCCCCCCGGUCCUCCCUGCCAGCACCUGCAUGGUGCAGCCCCCCUCGGUCCCCCCCCCGCCAGCACCGGCAUGGUGCAGCCCCUCCGCAGUCCCCCUUGCCAGCACCCACAUGGUACAACCCCUCUGGUCUCCCUGCCAGCCCUCCCGGUCCUCCCUGCCAGCACCCACAUGGUACAACCCCUCCGGUCUCCCUGCCAGCAUCCGUACGGCCCCCCUGGUCCUCCCUGCCGGCACCCACAUGGUGCAGCCCCCCUCGGCCCCCCCCACCAGCACCCAUACGGUACGCCCCCCCUCCGGUCCCUCCUGCCAGCACCGGCAUGGUGUGGUCCCCCCCCGCAGCACUGCAAGGUACAGCCCCCCUGCGGGCCCCUUCGGUCCCCCCCCCACCAGCACCCAUACAGUUCAGUCCCCCCUGCCAAUGCCCACAUGGUACGGCCCCUCUGGGGUCCCCUGUCAGCACCCACAUGGUAAGGCCCACUGGGAUCCCCCCAGUCUCCCCACCAGCACCUGCAUGGUAUGGCCCCUCCGGUCCCCCUGCCAGCACCCGCAUGGUAUGGUCCCCCUGGGGCAUGGUACAGCCCCCCUGGGGUCUGUCCCUGGCUCCCUGGUGCCCCCCACCAACACCCGCAUGGUACAGCCCCAGGUCCCCCCGGCGUCCUCUGCUGCACAGUACGUCCCCAGUCCCCCUUGAGUCCCCACAGUGCCUGCCCCACCUGACUCCUACCUGGUACGCCCCCCCAUGGCCCCACAGCCCUGGUGCCCCCCGGCUCCUGCUCGGUGCCCCUGCCGUGCUCCCCACGGCGCCUGAGAGGCUGGGACAUAUCCCCUCCUAAAGCCAUUUAAUGGUGAAAUCUGUGUCUCUCUCCCCCCGCCCCUGUGUCCUGCGCCCUCGUG